CUGCCUCGCUGAACGGUGUGCGGAGGCAUCGCGUCGAUUCAGGGGCCUCCACUUCCGUCAUUGUUUAUCGCCGUGGAUAAACAGUGGAUUCCUGGCUCCGCGCGCUGCCGUGUGGUGUGUGGUCGCAGCAGUGCUUCGCCGGCACCGGGGGGGACUUGUUUGACACCCGGACCAGCCUGGAUCUCACCCCGAGACAAGCGGACGUCAGAGAGCCCGUCGCCGCUCGCGAACCUUUAUCGCACUGUAAUCACAGCUUUGUUUGCGUGAACGAACUGCGGCUACGUGCGCUAUGUAGCGAAGUGAACGGCACGCCGCUGGUAGCCGUCGGACGUUUAUCGCCUUUUUAGUUUUAAACGCCGUGUCUUGGCGGAAAGGAGAGGAUUUCGUUUUAUUUAAGGUAGCAUGACAGAAUCCGGAGCCAUCGAGGUAGCUAACUAGCUAACAGUAGAACUAGCUAGUUAGCAUCUUGUAGCUAAUGGAAAUUAACGGACUGCUGAUUUAACGCAUGUUAAAGUGUAUCGGGACAAAUUAUGCCACUUGUUUGAGUAAUAUACAAUAGCAACUACAUAUUAGUAUGACGGACACAAAUACGACUGAACACGAACCCACUAUCUAUAUGGGUUGUGACAACAGGGCUAUGCUAACACUGUAAAGCUAACAUGCUAACGUCUUGCUACAGCGUAGACACUGUCAACAGCACUUGUAAAACGUCCUGUAAACAUUGUGGCGAUUGCUUUUAUCAAAAGCUCUACGAAGCUAUAACUCGGCUCAGUGGUUGUCCACAUUUAGAUUCGGCCACUGUUAACGUGCUCUAUAAAAACCCAGCUGUGUCUGAUGCCAACGUGCACUUUGAUCCGAGUGUGAUUUAAAUAACCCUUUUCCUCGUGUCGUGCUUUUAAAAUCGUGGGUGUUUUCCAUGACACGUCUGCGUGAUGGUGCACGUGGGUCUGAAUGUAUUGGUGCGCGUCGGCCGGUUGGUGACUGUCCAUCCUCGUCUGUCCAGGAUAAGUGAUAAUGAACGAGCCAGAGAGCGGGGUGGUCUCGUUUGAUGAAUAUGUGCGGCAGAAGGCCCGCACGGUGCCUCAGCACAGAAUGAAGGAGUUCCUGGACUCCCUCGCCAAAGGCCCAGAGGUGCUGCAGGAGUUCAGCCAGCAGGGAGGCGCGGCCGCCACCACAGCCCUGGUCUACCAGCAGCAGGACGCCAGCUGUGUCUACACAGACAGCACAGAGGUGGCCGGGUCCCUCCUGGAGCUGGCCUGCCCCGUCCAGGUGACCUCGGGAGAGAUCUCGCCUCAACUCUCAGUGCAUCAAGGGUCUGAACAGCAACUCCAAGUGCAGGUGCAGAUUCAGGAACAACAGGGCCAAACUGUUAACCAGGUUCUUCAGGUGACCUCUCCUUCACAACAGGACCUGCAGGAAAUCUCAACAGCUCAACUUGUCCACGAGGGAGAACUCACAGAAGAGCUGCAACAGCAGAUUCAAGCACAGUUGGUAGCGGCUGUGACCGGGGGACAGCAAAUCCAGUUGUCAAGUGGUCAACACAUUCAGCUACAAGGGACGCAGCAUAUUCAGCUGCCAGGAGGGCAACAAAUUCAACUUCAGGCCGGUCAACAGAUUCAGCUACAAGGUGGACAACAGAUCCAGAUCCAGACCAUAGAGGCCAUCGAGGCCAUGUCUCCUUCGCAGCAACAGAGCUCUCUCAUGGAGGCAGAAAGGGGGGGGGGCACUGUCUCAACAGUUCUUCAGCCUGCUAAGAAGCGUAAGGUGGAUGUGCCUGUAGCUGUUUCAUAUGCUGUUCCACAGGGCCAGCAGGUGGCCACAGUUCUGACUAUUCCUCAAGGACAACAGCAAAGCUACGUCUCACUACGGCCAGAUCUGCUCACAGUGGACAGUGCUCAACUAUAUAGCACCACAGGAACAAUCACAGGUCCCACAGGGGAGACCUGGACCAUCCCUGUGUACUCCACUCCACAGCAGCAGGGUGUAACUCACAUUGCCAUACCACAGGAGACGUACAGUACAGUGCAAGUUACCACUACCAACGGUAAGGACAAAUUGUCCCCAAGUUCCACAUCAAGGUCUGCAGAUCUACAGUCAGCCUCCACUGGGACACAGGAAGAAAUAGUACAGACACUUUUCCCUGCACAGUUCAUGAAUGGGAACAUUCACAUCCCUUUGGCAGUGCAGACUGUUGGAGGGACGUACAACACUACACAGUCGCUGCACAUAUGGGACCCAAGUCAACAGCAAGGAGGAGAGGGGCAGGAACAGCAGCUCCAUCUGCAGGGUCAAGCAGAGACAGAGGAUCAUGCGGAACCACCUACAGAGAUUCUGGUUCCUGUCUGUCUUAAGCCAGAGGAGGGCCUGGAGGUCUGGCGUCUCUGGGUGAAUCGAAAAAACACAGAGCUGAGUAAACAAGAGAAGACAAAGCUGGCACCUAUAGGACGUCGUCAGCCUCUACGUUUUCAAGAAGACUUGGUGUCCAGUGCUGUAGCGGAGCUAAACUUGGGUCUUUCCCUGAUGACACAGGAGGCACGAGCACAGGAAGAACAGCAAUUUGCUCCUGAUGUUCUAUAUUAUGUCUUCUUGUGCAUACAAAAGUAUCUCUCAGAAAAUGGGCGCGUGGAUGAUAUUUUCUCUGAUCCGUAUUACGAACGUUUCUGUGGGUGUUUACACAAAAUCCUGGAUGGAUGGAAACCCAGUAUUCAUCCUUUAGGUUAUGUUAUUCCAAGUCAUGUGACUGAGGAGAUGUUGUGGGAGUGUAAACAGCUCGGGGCCCAUUCACCUGCCACAUUGCUCACAACUCUAAUGUACUUUAACACUAAGUUUUUCCGCCUCUUAACACCUGAGCAGCACAUGAAAGUAGCUUUCUCCAAGGUGUUAAGACACGCGCGGAAGAACCCCACUAAUAACAAGGACAAAGCGACAACCAUCCGCCUUCUCAAAGGACAAGGUCCGAACAGCGCUGGACAAAAAGGAACCGACGACAUGUACGAAGAACAGGUUGAAGAUCCGGAGAAUCCUCUUCGUUGCCCCAUUAAACUUUAUGACUUCUACCUCUUCAAAUGUCCUCAGAGCAUUAAAGGGCGUAGUGAUGCAUACUACAUGACUCCAGAGCCUGUUGUCGCACCCAACAGCCCAAUGUGGUACUCAUCUCAGCCCCUAACGAGUCAGCAAGUGGAGCGCAUGCUGGCUCGCAUCAUUGUGGUUCGGGAGAUCCAGGAAGUCAUCGGCAUUAAUCCAGAGAACGUGGGCUAAACCCAAAGGACGGACAGGAACCAAUUCCAAGUCGGUCACUGAUUGUCGGCUAUGCAGUACCAGCUGAGACUCUAGACCUCAGACCAUCUCAAACAAAAGGGGAGAUCAGAAUCGACCAUUUUGAGGAGUGAUUGCACUCCAGGUUAUCUUCUUUUUCAAUUGUGUUUCAUCUGGUUUGGUGCACUGUUAUUUUCCAACUACCUUUUUAAGCCAUCUUCUCUGUAAAAUGUUUUAUUAAGUUUAACUUUAGUCGCUGAACUGCUGGAUUGUGAUUAAGUGGUAGCACUGCUGCUCUGAAUUGAGUAGAGGAGCUACAUUUUCCUGUAGAGGUUCAUUAAUAUGAUAAUGGAAUAUUUAACCAUUCACCUCUUUAACCUCAGAGGCAGUAAACCGUUUUCCCUGUUUUAAGGUCCCAUUAUGAAACAUGUAAAUGGACAAUUACGGGGACUGUGGUUCACAACUUUCUUUUGUACUGCAUUUUGAUUCAUGUAUUGAUAUGUUCAGAGUUGAAGAACUUGUGCCUGCUCUUUUCAAAAGUGACAAUAUGCCUGUGGCUCAGUGAGGAGAAUCUCAACAUUCAAAGUCAAGUGCUAUGUUGUAGUCAUUCAAGAGAUUGGAGACAUUUCUCUCAGGUCAGUGUUAGCGAUCGAGACACCCAUCAAGGAUUUUUACCAAUUUCCUGUAUGUAUAUAUGUAUAGUAGGGUUAUUAAACAUGAUAUACAGGUAAUCCACAAUAUUACUUGUAUCAAGAGUGUCAAGUAAAUCAAACAUGAGAAGUA